AUGCAGUCAAUACCCAUAUUGCUCAAGGUUAUCCGAGGCCAGCACCCACGGGGUGUUGUUGAAUUCUCCCAAUCCCGCGUAAUCCUCUAUUCCUUUACCUUCAUCACAUCUCUCCUAUCCACCCUCUUCUUCAUCGCCACCACAACCCAUCACGCCAAUACCGUGGCCAACAACCCGGGAUAUCGAAAUAUUAGUUUCGACCCUGACCCCCACAAUUACCUAGCGAUAAGCGUCGUCCCCCUACUCUGGAGCGCCGUCUGGUCAUUCAUCGUGCUCCGCAGCCUCCUCAACGCAAUCAAUCACUCCUCCUCCAUCUCCUCCUCCAUCUCCUCCUCCAUCUCCUUGUCUGCAACCCCAACCACAUCAGCCCCUACCGACAGCGAAGCUCUUACCAACUCCGCAGCCGAAGCGGCCAAAUCUGGUAAUCCAAACCCCGCCAAGCCUCCCAGACACCAAUCCCGCCAGGGCUGCUGCUGCACCUGUUCCCCCUGGCUCCUCCCAACGACGGGCCCGCACCCAGUCCUAAUCCUAUGCAUCGAGAUCUUCCUCUGGUCCGGCCUCGUUAUAAUUGUCACCCUUUUCGGUAUCCUCCCCUCCCACAUUGCCGCCGAAACCAUCUUCCUUGACUUCAGUCAUGAUUGUCCCGCUUACUUGGACUCUCCGCCCAGAACCCCGCGGCGGAUGGACUUUUAUUGUUUGGAUACUUACAAGCAGGUCGUGGGAUUGGAGGUGGUGGCGUUGGUGGGGAUGGGGACGGGGACGGAGCUGAUUGUUAUUUUGCCUCCCUCUGCUGGUGACGCUGCUGCAGCGGGUCAGAAAUCCGAGGCCAUCCACUACAUGCUGGACGUGCGAUGGUAG